UUCCCAAACUAUGCCCAACCCUGAAUUCUUCUGUUGACCCAACUCACUCACUCAGUCAGAUAACAAUGGCGAUUAAACCCAUCACUCCACUUCUCACUCUCUCUCUUAUCUUCCUUCUCUCUCUCUCCGCAGCCUCAGCUUCGUUUCGGUCUUCUUCCAAAUGGGUCCCUCGAUUCCUCGGCAAAUCCUCUCUCCUCACAAAACCCCAAUCCAUGACCCAACAACAAUACCAGUACGAAACCCGGUACUUCGAGCAGCCUCUCGACCAUUUCAGCUUCGCCGAUCUUCCAACUUUCCAUCAACGGUACCUGCUCAACGACGACCACUGGGUGGGUCCGAGUCAAUUGGGUCCUAUCUUCCUCUACUGUGGGAACGAGGGCGACAUUGAGUGGUUCGCAGACAACACCGGCUUCGUCUGGGAACUCGCACCUCGAUUCGGCGCCAUGGUUAUCUUCCCCGAACAUCGAUACUAUGGCAAGUCGAUGCCCUAUGGAAGUGGUGAUGAGGCAUAUAAAAAUGCUACCACUUUAUCACAUCUUACGGCUGAGCAAGCACUUGCUGAUUUUGCUGUAUUGAUUACCGACCUGAAAAAAAAUUUGUCUGCCGAGGCCUGCCCUGUAGUGUUGUUCGGCGGAUCAUAUGGUGGAAUGUUGGCUGCGUGGAUGAGACUCAAAUACCCUCACAUUGCAAUCGGAGCACUUGCUUCUUCAGCACCUGUUCUUCAAUUUGAAGACAUUGUGCCACCGGAAACAUUUUAUGACAUUGUGUCCAAUAGUUUCAGACGUGAAAGCACUACCUGCUUCAACACUAUAAAAGAGUCUUGGGACGAACUUGUAUCUGAGGGUCUGAAAAAUGAUGGCCUUCUGCGACUGACCAAAACUUUCCAUUUCUGCCAGAAACUGGAAAAUACAGAUGAUCUUUCUAACUGGUUGGAGUCUGCUUAUAGUUAUUUGGCGAUGGUGAACUAUCCAUAUCCUGCUAACUUUAUGAUGCCUUUGCCUGGAAACCCCAUAAAAGAGGUUUGUCAAAAGAUUGACGAUUGCCCUGAUGGGACUAGUGUUUUGGAUCGCAUAUUUGAAGGAGUAAGCGUGUACUACAAUUACACCGGUGAUGUUGACUGCUUUCAACUGGAUGACGACCCUCAUGGCUUAGAUGGUUGGGACUGGCAGGCUUGCACUGAGAUGGUUAUGCCAAUGUCUAGUAGCCGAGACACUAGUAUGUUUUCAGCAUAUGAUUUUAACUACACUUCUUUUCAAGAGGAAUGCUGGAAGGAGUUUCGUGUCAAACCAAGACCUAAAUGGAUAACCACAGAAUUCGGUGGCCAUGAUUUCAAGACUGCCUUGAAAAUGUUCGGAAGUAACAUCAUUUUCUCAAAUGGUCUAUUGGAUCCCUGGAGUGGUGGCAGUGUUCUGGAGGACGUAUCUGAAACUAUUGUUGCGCUCGUCACAGAAAAAGGUGCCCAUCACUUGGAUUUGCGAGCAGCGACUGCUGAGGAUCCUGAUUGGUUGGUGGAGCAGAGGGCAACCGAAAUCAAACUGAUUCAAGGCUGGCUUAAUGAUUAUUACCUGGAAAAGAAGCCAUUUUCGGACAUGUAGAGAGAGCUUCAAGCUUUGUGGAACUUCCACUCACCAACUUUUUCUUGCUCCAUUUUUCCACAUGAUCAAGUAACAAUAUUGUACAUGGUAAGGUUUGUCAUUUUCGUCAAAGCAAACACUCAAAAUUAUCGAGUGUAAACAACUGCUACCAUGUUUAGAUCCCGCUUUCAGGAGCCAUAAACACAAUCUGUUUUUUCCAACAAUGUCCCCAGGAAUUGAAGAAUCACUUUUAUGACUAUAUUUAUGUUGUCAUUUGCUAUUGUAAGAUGUGGUUCAAUUAAUUAAUAAUUUAAUUAGUAUUA